AUGAAUGGCCUGAAAAUAAUUCAGGUCAAUCUGAACAAACAAAUGAUCGCCUCCGAACAACUGAGGGACAUAUGUAUGACAGAUAAGAUAGAUAUUAUACUUGCCCAAGAUCCACUAAUUAUAAACGGACACGCAUCAGGCUUUGAUGGCUGUCGACAGAUUCUCUCGGACGAUGACCCCGAAGCUGCCAUUAUAAUAACAAAUAAUAAAAUAAAAGCCAUUAAGAUCGGCCAAUUCACCACACGUUAUGUUGCAGUUGCAAGGAUAGGCAUCGGCCUCUGUAAAGAUGACGUGGUUAUAGUGUCGGCCUACUUUAGGUUUAAUAAGCCCACAACCAUGUUCACUGAGCUACUGACUAAUAUUAGUCAAGCCAGCAAACGCCUACUUAUUGCCGCUGACUGUAACGGCCAUUCCACAAGAUGGUACAAUGAUGAUACCAACACGAGGGGAAAAAUAGUGGAGGAACUGAUCGACGAUCAGGAACUCCGUAUUCUAAAUUCCCCUCAAAGCCUAAAGACCUAUAAAAGGCAUGGAAUGGGUGAGUCCAAUAUAGAUAUCACACUGGCAAGUACCUCGGUCUAUAGGUCAAUAAAGGGCUGGUCUGUGACAGACCGAACAGACAGUGAUCACCGAACAUUGGAAUAUACCCUAAGUCUCAAAAAGCCGAAUAAGAAAACAGAUAAACAAGGUACAAGGUUCAAAACGGAAAAGGCGGACUGGGAGAAAUUUAGAAUAUCUCUCCUAAACCUAAAAACACAGAUCCAUGGUAACUCUGUUGAUGAGGUUGCAGAUAACUUGACAAAAGCCAUUGUCAAAGCGGCGAAGCUCUCCAUGCCUACGCGAGGCGGAGCAAAAACCGGUAUCAUUACACCUUCGUGGUGGACAGAUGAGCUAACUGAUUCCAAAAAGUUAUUACAAAGGGCCAGGCGAGAGGGCCUCCCUGAUACCAAUAGAAAUGCUUAUAACCGUCAAAGAAACCAACACUUAUAUAAGAUCAGACAGGCAAAAAUGAGCUCUUGGCGGGAGUUCAGCACAGACAUGAAUAAAAAUCACUGGGGAAAAGCCUUCCAAUGGGCAAAAAGUGGCUCACGUAAAAAUCCGAUGCCCACCACAGUAAAGACUAGGAUCGGGACAUACACCACAGGCCUAAAAGACACACUAGAUACAUUCCUUGAGGCCUACCUGCCAGAGGAUCAGGAUACGGCAAUCUUCUCGCCCUACGAUUUUCAGACAGAGGACACGUCUUACGAAAGUACAACUCUUCAAGAAGUCAAAGAGGCCAUAUGGAAGAUGAAGCCAGGUUAG